AGGAUGGACAUAACAAAUGAUUUAUGAGGGUCAUUUCUUGGUACCGACUAAUUAGCAACAUUGUGUUGAAACGGUCAUUUUGCUAAUGUGUUAUUUGAGCUAAUAUAAAUACAAUAGUUUCUGAAUCAACAAAACAUAUUGCAAUUCAAAGCGUCCAAAGAACUAAUAUUCACUUAAACAACUAAAACCUUUCAACUUAUCUAAACAUGCGUGGAUUUCUGGUUUUGUGUUUGGUAGCAUUGUGUUCUGCCUCUCAUCAAGGAUACGAUUAUCCUAGUCAAAACAAUGCCGCUACCAAUGCCGCCUAUGGAGCACAACCGUUGGUUUCAAAACAUUUCUAUCUUCAUUCAGCACCCCAGGAGGAGGGUGUAGAAGUGCAAGAACAUGACAUUGCAGUUGGUACACCGCGCAAAAACUACAAUGUAGUUUUCGUUAAGGCUCCUGCCGAAAAACAACAGAAGAUCAAGGUCCGUGUCACCCCAGCUGUCAAUGAAGAGAAGACCGCCGUCUAUGUUUUGUCGAAGAAAGCUGAUGCUCCCAUUGUUGAAACAUUUGUUCAAGAACCAGUUACAACAACUAGCAAGCCCGAAGUUGCAUUCAUCAAAUAUCGCACCAAUGAAGAAGCCGAACACGCCCAACAUCAUAUCCAAGCUGAAUAUGAUCGUCUGGGUGGUACCACCAGUUUCUCGGAUGAAGGCAUUUCUGCCGUUAAAUCUGUUAUUGGCAUUUUGGAUGGUCUUCAACAAGGCGGUGGCUCUUCUGCUUACUUGCCACCCACAAAGAGGCAUUAAGGUUACAGACUUUUUUGGUUUGUGACUAUAUGUUGUUAUUUUGUU